UCUGAAAGAAAUGGGCUGCAAGUAAUUAAGCAUGAGACUGAAUCACCAGUAACACCAAUUGAGGACUUGAAUACUAAAUCGGAAAGUGUGGCUCAACCAAAAUGUCCACCCAAAUGCCCUAACACUGCAAGCUAUUCAGAGUGCUCACCCAAAUGUCCUAAAAGAGAUUCAACGAAGGAUGUUAGCUCGGUUAAACCACAGUCGUUUGGAAAAAGAUCAGAUGAGAAAACGAAACAGUCUUCGUUCGCUAAAAAAUCUGAUCCAGAACCAUCGGAAAUUGAAAAGAAUGAAAAGGAACGUAAAAGUCCUGCCUUUAUGGACUACAUUGAAGGACAUUCUUACCUGCGACAGCUCGAGCCUCAAGAAUAUGAUCGUAAAAUGCCUGGAUUGAACAACGGCCCAUUGGCUCCCAGAAAGAGAGCUAUGCAAAUCAAAAAGACUAAAAUCAAGUCCAUAGACGAAAAUGAUGAUAAAAACAAAUCCAUCGAGAAGACUCGAAAGAGAAGAAAACAAGAGAAAUAUUUCGAGAAGAAUGCACAAGAAGCUGGAUUGAAUAAACCGUUCAAAAAAGGAAAGAAACAGAAAAUCAAACACCAUUAUCCACUGAAUCCACAUCGUGAAAUGAAAAGCGCAAGAAAGGAUCAGAAAUCGAUACGAAAAGAGCAAUAA